AUGCUUCGUCCUGCCAGCGGACUCCAGCUCCUCGCGCUCCUGCUGCUGAGCAGAAGCAGUUCAGCAGUUCAGAACGACGCCACAGAGUCCGUCAGUACCGAGCCGGCCCACGACCCUCAGGAGGACACGGCUGAUGAAGACACGAACGAGGCGAGGAACGGCGGGAGGCGCGUGGCUGAAGCUGUGCGUAAUGGCCCAGACCAGAGCCAGGUGGGCUGCAGGGAGCUGAGGUCUACAAAGUACAUCUCUGAUGGCCAAUGCACCAGCGUCAACCCUAUCAAGGAGCUGGUGUGUGCUGGCGAGUGUCUGCCAUCCCACUUGCUGCCCAACUGGAUCGGGGGUGGGAGUUACACUGGGAGGCAAUGGAGCCGCCGCGAUGCCCAAGAGUGGCGUUGCGUCAUUGACCGGACCAGGACCCAGCGGAUUCAGCUGCAGUGUCAGGACGGCAGCUCCAGGACCUACAAGAUUACUGUGGUGACCUCAUGCAAGUGCAAGCGCUACUCCAGACAGCAGAAUGUCUCAGGACACAAGGACACAUCGGUCCGCAGUGGUAAAGAAAGGAAGAAUCAGAAGAAGACAGCGCAGCCUGAGGAGAGAGUCGGGAGGCAGUCUGCCAACUAACACAGGAAAUCUCCUAACAGCUAAACCUGUCUUCAUCAUGACGUUUAUGGAUGGAUUAUAGGUGUGAUAAUCACAUCCUAAUAUUUAAAACCCAGGCCAUAAAAAGUCAGUAGAGUAGAUAUAUUUGAUAGAUUUUUAUGAUACAAAAAAUGUUUUAAGAAUAGAAAUACAGUUUAAUAAGAGGAAUAGUUUAAGAUUUUGGAAAAAACACUCUGCUUUCAGUCUUGACAUCAAGGUUGGACAUGGUUAGCUUAGAAUACAGUUAGCCCAGCUGUGUCAAAAAUUCAAAAUUACAAGCUCACAAAUCCCAUGUAAUGUCAUAACUCUUUGUGUACAGAUAAAACAAACAUGGUUUUUAGAGCUGUUUUUCUUGCAAGGCCAGACUCACUGUUCCUCUGGCUACCUGUCUUUAUGCUAAGCUCUGCUUUUAAAAUAUAAAUUUGAUAUUAAUUUGGACAUUUUUAUAACAUAUGCAAAAGAGAAUAAGUCUGUCAUACAGUUAGGACCUAAAUUGGUUCACCUGAUAUCCCAAAAUAUAAUACCUGUUAUAUAUAUAAUAUCAUCUAUUAGAUUAACCUGCAUGUGUACAAAUCUUACAGUGGUGGGCACAUGAACAGCGCAAUAUCUAAACACAAAACAGAUGCAUCACAGAGUUUUUUGUACAAAAUUUGCAACAUUGUUCAGAUCAAGGCUAUUACUUCCUCUCAGGCAGCUGUACAAGCCUGCACUAUGCAGACCUUCAGACAGGUCUUGCAACCAAAGUUUAAAAGAGUAACAACGACCCUGAGUUCACUCCAAUGGGAUCCUGGCAGUGGCAGAAGUUAUUAGGGUGAUAAUUUUACUGUAGAGGAGGAGAAGUAAAUUUCGUGCAUAUCUCUAUUUGUGGAGCCAUGUGAUUCUACUCUUUGAUUCCACCAGGUCUUGGCUAAAAGAACAUCUAAUAUUGUGAAUAUUUCAAGCCUGUCUCUGAGUUUAUAUUGUUUUCCCAUUGAAGUAGUGUAAACAUGUUAUUGAUUAUUAUUACAGGACAUAUUUUUUUAAGUGAAUAUUAUGUUCCAUAAGCGGCAGUGAGGUAGUUGCAGCAGGUGUAUAAAGUGCAAGACUGGUUUCAAUGUGCUGUAGUCACUAUUUGGCCAACAUAAAAUGAAAUAUGUUGGAAAUAAACAUUUUACCUAUAAGUUCAGUGUCAGACAUUAAUAAACAAUAUUUCAUAGUCCAGAAUUACAUUUACUUUAAAACAUGUGCUGUUUCAUAUUGGUUGUAUAUUAACAUAUGUUUUUGGGGACAGGUCUGGAUUAUUUACAUUUUUAAUCAAUGUAUGUGCUGCUCCUCAUUUGCAUGCUGCCACCUUCCAACUACUCACCGUACACAUUUGGUGUGAAACUGCCAUCAGAGAUGCACAUCGUGCCACUGUUACUGUGGGUCCCCAGCAUGGCCACUAGGGGGCGUAUUAUGUCAGCUGAGAGCAAACAUGGACUCACAAAGUAUUGUCCAAAUACAUCGCGUAAAGUUAAUGGAGGUUCUAGUGGCAAUAAAAGAAAUAUAGUGGCAAUAAUAAAGUUAAUGUUAAUAUGCAACAGCUUGUUUUGUGUUGGGGUUUACUGUGUCACACAUGGUAGGUUUUGCCUUUAUGUAAAAAAAAAAAAAAGCAAAUAAUGACCUAUUACAUGAUUAAAGGCUCAACAGACUUUGGAUGCAAGACAUGUAAAACUUUU